AGUCUAGUCAAGAGCGUGACCCCGCGCGGAGCGCACGAGUUACGUCAUGCUAGCGUUCGUCGGCUCGCGAAGGAAGACUCCAGGCCACUUUGGCUCCAGAAGGUUCACUACUUUCGUGUUUCUUCAGUUUCCAAUGAAGGCGGUCCUUAAGGAAUAAUAUAAAAAAAUGCAUAAUUAUGAAUAAACUUCAUGAAAACACGAUGCUGAUAAACAGAAGAGAUUGUAAGAUGCAUGGAGAUCCAACAUGAAAAAUAUAUGCUUCGUGAGAAAAUGGAACUUCUGAAAUGGUUAAAACAAAACUAUAUCAUCUAUAAUUGUCUACAAGCUGGAGCUGUCAUGGGAACAGGAGAUUUUAUUGCGCAGAAAUUUGUAGAAAAGAAAGACGUUUUGGAUACAAGACGUCUUGCCACAUUUGCUGGAUUGGGUACUUUUUUUGUGGGACCAAUACAGUCAACAUGGUUUCGUUUCCUGAAUUCGAAAGUGCCUUUUCAUUGGCCCCCGGUACAGCGCGGCCUCGUGAAAAUGGUGGUGGACCAGGCUACUAUGGCUCCGACAAUGGUGGCCACUGUUAUGUCCCUUCUUGAAUUGAGACUUGGAAGUGGAACACUGAGUGGAGUUAAAGAAGAACUGCAGAACAAAUAUCCAACUAUAAUGGGUAACGGAUACAAGGUAUGGCCCGCUGUCCAGGCUCUAAAUUUUACUUUCACACCUGUGCAAUAUCAAGUACUCGUGACUCAACUCGUGGGAGUAGCAUGGAAUGCUUAUUUUUCAACAGCAAAAAAUAGACAUGGUUUAAAUUAUGACCAAAGAAAACAAGGAACUUAAGAAUAAUUAAUAUAUAAAUUAUUAAUAUUAUUUUAAAAUGUUGAAAAGGUGUUUUAUAAUUUAUUGUAUUAUAAUGAUAAUAAAGGUCAAUGAAGGAAAUGUGGUUGGUCUUUGGCAGUAUAGCCAGGUGAAUGCUGAGAAGAGGGAAUAGUUACAUGCUUCUGUGAAGAUCUAUUGCUCCCAGGAGAAAACGGUUUUUUAUCUGAGGCGACCGCUUAAUAGCGGUGGCUAUUUAACCAGGCUUCUCGGUCUUUUAACGGAAGAACAUUUUUUAUAAUGUUACAGUUAAAAAAUGCCUUCUUUGUAACAAUUUGUUCUUGCCUCUGCAUUUUUCCAAAAAAAGUUUUGCUCUGCACCAUUAUUGAACAAUUUCUUGCAAAAACGAGUAGACAACAAAAAUGGUAACGAUAUUUUCAAAUUUUUACUUAAAGCUUAAAAUUCUGUUUCAAACAAAAGUCUUUCGUCCAAUUUUCUAAAUUAUCAGUUUCCUGUUCCAUGUUUUCCGUCAGUUUCAUGUUCCAGAAUGUUAUAAGCAUUAAAAAUAAAUAUUUCAGUUUACGAAGAAUGUACAGAUUUCUCAGACAUUAUUAAUAAUAAUUCGGUUGAAUUUACUAAAUUGCAUACAGCUUAAGACUUGGAAAUAUAUCAGUCUCAUGAAAGUUUUUGUUUCUCAACAAUCAGUUGACUUCUCAGCACACUGUAUUUUUUCCUUAGAAUGAAUAAAAAUUCCGAAUAGUUUUUCAGUGAUAAAAUACGUCAUUCAUCAGCAUUGUCCCUUCAAAAAUGUGUAAAGUAUUUUCUUGUUCGUUGGAUGAUAUACGAUAAAAACGCCCUAGAAUGAUUCAAUCUCCUCUUGUGAAUUAUUUUUGUUUUAAACAAUGAAGUAAUAUAGACAUAAAAUUUAUUUUCCGUUUAUCCAAGAUGGAAGUCACUGAGGUUUUUGUAAUAAAUUUGUGGAACAAUGUUUGUUCCUCACUCAUUAGAGGACGGGAGAAGACUGGUAAUAAACAUUUGUCAUACUUGUAUUAAUAUAUUUAAA